UCCAUCUAUCUCGAUAGAUAGAUAGAUAUUGAUCCCGGUUUUAGUAGAAACCACUGGGAUGAUUGGGUUUGGGAGCUGAGAGCCAUUGGUGUAGAAAUCAGAAGAUAUUGCGAAACACUCAGACAAAGCAGUGGCCUCAGAGUACAGAUAGCUGGAAUUGUCUUAUGAUAUUAAUUAACAUGAGAUAAUACUGUAGAUUUCUGUGUUGAAUACUUGAACAACUGAUAUUUUCGGUUAAAUAAAAAUAAAAUGUUACAUUUAGUUUUCGAAAUAGAAAACCUAUCUAAUGUCUCAUAUCCUGGUUGCAGUUAAUAAAAAGAAGCUUUGAAAAUUGUACAAAAGCAGAAAACCCAAGGUAAGUUCUUUUUUCUUUUCUUCUCUAAACCCUGGAAACAGAUGUGUAGAUGUUGUCAGAGCAUCUGUUCAGAACAGAUUAAUCCCAUUCUGGUCCCAUGUGCAAACACAAGGUCCAAUCUUUCAGAGAAAUUGGGUUUAUGUUUGUUAGGUGAAAGCACAUUGGACGGGUGACCUCUCAAUCUACACCAGGUCCAGUAAUGUACACAAAGGAGUAGAUGUUUCCCUUCAGCCGUCGUGUCGCAGCAGCCUCUUUAAUGAUGUAUUGUGCUCAUCUGAUUGGAAUAUGCAGGGGGAGGACAGACACGUCCUCCUGCUGUGCCUGUGCUUUUAAAUCUUAGUUCUUUCUUUCAAAUUACACUCUGUAAUGGUAUGUAUUCAUAUUUCAGGAUCAGAGUCAGAAUGAAAUUACUUUAUUGAUCACCGGGGGGGGGGGGGGGGGCAUUGUUUAAUAUUCAGAGAUUUCCCCGACCUUUUUUUCAAUGCGUUCCCACAACACACAUUGUAAUAAAGACAAAGACACAAUAUAUCAAACUCUAAGCCAAGUCACUUUAUAAUUUUGAGUGUUUCAUACACGACAUUGUAGGCAUUGUCAAAGAUGUUACCUACUUAAAAUAAUUUGUUUUUAGAGAGAUUUAAAUUAUAACAUUUACAUUUGUUUUACAUAAUUUAUAAAUGUUUAUAAAUACAGUAAAAUUAGAUAAUUUUUCCUGUAAAUAUAUACAAUAUCUACAAGUCGUAGACAAAAAUGUUUUAAAUAAAAUUGUCAAAGCUGGUGGAUAGGAUCAAAGUGACCCAGAAAUUCAUUCUUAGGUCUGUUUGAUAAUUUUCCAUCUAGAUGAAAACCUUUUAUCUGCAGGUCCGAUCAGAGGCUCAGAAAAUGCCUCGGAGACUGUGGCAGAGAAUGAGAGACUUAGAGAAACCACUGAAAGACAACAAAUGUGUGACAAGGCUUUGGCAGGCAAACAGUGGUCAAUGUGGGAGUGCUGUGUACACACACAGAGCCGUGUGCUGGAAGUGUGAUCUUUAAAGACAAAAACCAAGUUGAGGCAGCAGCUCGAGCUGGAUGUUAUUAACACACUGUAUGAUAUAUCUGUGCAUAUGGUUCUGUUUUUAUGCAUGUCAGUUGAAUCCUAAUAUUAUAUAUUAAUGCUUGUUUUUUGCUUCAGGUUGGAGGAAAGAAGAAUAAAUCAAUUCAAUAAUAAAGGAGUUGUGCAAGCCUUUAUGUGUGACAGGUGUUUCGAUAUUUCAGAGUAUAGUGAUUAUCACUUUCCGAUUUUUUAUUCAGAAAUAUACAGCAUGUUAAUUCCUGAGGUUAUUGUACUUUGUUUACAUAUUAUUAUGUUACUCUUGGACAUUUGAAAAUGAUAUGAUAAUAAUAUAAUAAUACUACCUCAAUAUUUCUUACACAACUUCUAAUCCUCCCUCUCUGGUGGACAUUGUAUUUUGCAUAAUAGCGAAUUUAAGGAUAAAAUGUGUUCUUAUGCUAAGUACACUAUUCAUGUCUUUUUUUUAAAUGAUGUCUAGGUCUCUGUUGCAUUUCUUGUUCUUUUUGGAUGGCAGCAUGGUGAAAAAGUUGAAGUAAUGAGUCAUAACAGUGACACACGUUCACCGGGGGCAUCACCAACCAGCUGAUCGGCUGCCACGUGGGCUCUUUUAAGGAGCCCGGUUGUGUUCUGGUGCGACUCUACGGCCGGAUGACGGAGCUCUAUGUGAACCGAAACAAGGAGGUGGAGAUGUUUCAGGUCUUCCACGCCCACGGAUGUGGUCCGCAGAUCUACUGCAGCUUCCAGAACGGCAUCUGCUACGAGUUUGUCAGAGGAAUGGUCCUGGAGGAUGAGCUACUCCGACAACCCUCCAUUUACAGAUUGAUAGCAGCAGAGCUGGGGAGAAUCCAUUCUAUCCAGCCAAAAUGUGGUGUGUCUGUUGAACCUCUGCUCUGGACAAAAGUGUCCCACUUUCUCACACUGGUGCAGAGCAGUAUCAACAGCAGCCCAGCAGAGCAGCGCUGCACAAAAAGUUCUUUGACUCGAGGAGAGAUGCCCAGCUUUGAGACUCUGUCAAUGGAGAUGGAGUCGUUGAAGAGACACCUCUCGCAGAUCGACUCGCCGACUGUCCUCUGCCACAACGACCUUCUGACCAAAAACAUAAUAUACAACAAGACAGAGGGAAUAGUGAAAUUCAUCGACUACGAGUACGCAGAUUACAACUACCAGGCCUACGAUAUUGGCAAUCACUUCAACGAAUUUGCCGGUGUGAAUGACGUUAACUACAGCCUGUAUCCGAGCCGGGAGCUGCAGAGGGACUGGCUGAUGGCCUAUCUGGAGAGUUACAAGCAGAGCACAGGGCGUGAGGUCACUGCUACCAAGGCAGAAGUUACACAGCUUUACAUCCAAGUCUGCAAAUUCUCAUUGGCAUCCAACUUCUUCUGGGGUCUCUGGGCCAUCCUGCAAUCACACUUCUCCUCUAUUGACUUUGACUUCCAAAGGUAUGAGCAAAGACCAGCCCAAGGCUGCGUUCAAGUUGCCCACAGCGACACCCCAUUGACCUGCAGAGCUGCCAAAGGAUCCAAGGAUACUCUUCGGCAAGUUACUGAACCAAAAUUUCCCCUGUGCCGCUAACGCUUGGUGCGUGUUAGAGAAAGUGUAUAAUGGUUCCACCAUCAUAAAAUGGGUGUUAUGUCCAGGGGGAAGCUAAAUGCAGAACACAGGUACAAGUGAUUAAUUCAUGAUUGAUUGAGGAGAUGAGGGUUCUUGCAGGCGGAGGCUGGCGGCAAAGCAGGAACGGAGGUUUGCAAGAUGGAGCCAAAGACAGCUGAGCUUUGAGCGGGAAUGUGUCACUGGCCAGACGGCAAGAGAACCAGCAGAUCUCUGAGUGCGACGCUCCGUAGUUUCUGCAGACUUUAUCCACCAGACCUCCUAGUAUAUCGUCUGUAGAAAUCCAGGAGAAGCCAAAGUGUGAAUCCAGUAGGGGUUCCCCCUCAAUCGGCUGCUCCACCUCUCGCCUGAAUAACGCAGAGGAUCUGAUGCUGUUGAGAAUACAUCUGUGCGGAGAACCUUCCGCUUUGUUGUACAUGUGUGAAAUGCAAACUCUGGGUGAACUCCGUAGCCAAUUAUCCAGACUUUACCCAUAGGUCAAGUCUGAAAACUGCGCUAGAGAGAGAGAGAAAGUUUGAAUUUUCCGUAGAUGUCACCAGUUACAUGUGUAGUGAUUGAUUCACAAAACCUGGGCAUCACCUGCGAUUGUUUUUUUUUUUGUUAGAGAUAAAAACAUAUGAAUCAACUCGAUUAGAAUUUAAAGGAUGGGCAUUGUUGAAUACAAAAAGUGUAUGUGAGUUACUUGCUGUUUAAGAGUUAAGUUUAACAGUGAGCAGGCAACUUUGAAUGAAAAAAGCUGUUGACAUUUGGUGCGAUUGCUGAUUCUAAUAAUUCAAUUCAAGAUGAAAGACAAACACAAGUUUCAAGACCAGAUUGGGAUGGAGAGCAUGAUGAGCAUCAGACUAGUCAAACAGGUACAUGUGAAGGUAGUAGGGGCCAAGUAGUAGGUAACCAAACAAUAAUUAAAAAUAUAUUUAUAUUUUAGCACAUCAGGCACAUGGAGUUAUGGUUGUCCCUUUUACAGGUUGGAGCAACAGCCCCAUUAAAGGGAUGGUUCACCCAAAAAUGUAAGAAGUAAAUGCGUACCACUUCUUUAAAUGUAAAAAAUCAACAGGAAAUAAAAAGAAAAUGCCUCCAUACUGCUCCUCUUGUGUCAUCCGAGUCACCGUAAGCCCCAACAUUCAUGUUUGACUUGAAACAGUGUAAUUUACACAAUGUUUUUAGUCUAAACCUCUGAUAUCCUCCUAGUUACUGCUGCAGCUAUCGUGAUAACUUGUGAACAAUGUGAGAACUCCAGAGAGCUGCACAGAAAGGCUAAAAACAUGGUGUAAAUGACGCUGUCCAGAGUUGAAUGUGAAUGCUGGGGCUCACAGACAGUGGGAAGGCAGUAUGGAGGCUGUAAUGUUUUUUUUUAUGUUGAUUUUAAAUGUUUGAAGAAGGGGUCGCCAUUUACAACAAUUGUUUUUCAUUUGGAAAAUAAUAACAUAUCAUUUUAUUUUAUUUUUCAUUUUUAACAAAGGAAAUUCAACUUUUUGGUGGAAAACCCUUAUUACUUUGUUUAUGUGUCAAAACAAGCUGAAUGGAAUGUUAACCAAAAUGUGUUGAAGCCACAGCUAUGACAUUAGGUCAACAUGACUAUUCUGCUGUUCUGACACCUAAUCUGUAUGUAGCAGCCAGCAGCUUUAACAACCGGGAAACUAAGUGGAACUUGAGGAUUACAUCAGUUUCUUUCAGAGAUUAAUAAAGCUUGUAUGUGCAGCACAUACUACGAUUGUGAGUUUUGAGCAAUUGCAUUGAGCUAGUUUAAGGUGCUGAAAGCUCAACCAAGCACAAAGAGAAACAUUCUGUUCACUUGCAAACAGCUAAAUGUUCAUCCUGCAGAUAGGGAGAAGGAAAUGUAUAUGAUGAUGACUUAUUUAAUGAGAUUAACAUUGCAACAGCACAAAUCUGAUUUUAAACACCCCUCCCAAAUAAAUGGAGUGUGUGACAAACUUGCAGGCGCCCCUCACAGGGUGACGCUACAGUUGAUUUGGGAAUUACAAUUAGAUUUAUGAUGUGGCUGCAUAUGGCUGAGCUCUCUGUUUCUCUCUCUGAAAACGCUGGGAUUGGCUGCAGCGAGUGCCGGCGCCAUGGCGUAUACACCACAGCACAUUCAGAAUGUGUGGCGUUACCUCACACACACACACACACAAUGGAACAAUAGGCCACAUUUACGGUAAUGGGCCACCAAAAUAUAAGACCAAAUGGAACAGCUUAAUAUUAAAAACAGAAAUCCUUGUGUUGGAAAUUAUUAGAUCCUUGGAAAGUUAGGGCACUAUCUAGAGUAAUGGAAAUAAGAAUUCAUGCAGUUACCUGAAACGUGGGCACGGCACUUUCAGACACAAAUGACACACUGUUUCACUGGGGAGAUGCUGAGCCUCGCGUUGUGCACGCGCCGCCAUCUUGGUAAUUCACUGAACAUUUGCACAUCCACUGAACAUUUGCACAUUUGAACAUUUGUACAUUUGCACAUUUGCACAUUUGCACAUUUGAACAUUUGUACAUUUGCACUUAACUUAUUCCUACUGUAUUAUCCCACCUAUGGUGUAUUCAUAUUUUUAUAUAUUUAUCUUGCUCAGUGUAUUCAUCCUUCUUAUAUCAUACCUUACCUCUUAAUACUGUUUAUAUUCCAUUUAUAUUUCCAUUUAUAUGCCAUGUAUAUUUCUAACUGUACUUCAUAUUUAUUUACAUUUUCAUCUCUGCACUUUAUUUGCCAUUUUUUUGCACUUCUGGUUAGAUGCUAAACUGCAUUUCGUUGUAUAUGUACUUGUACCGUGCAAUGACAAUAAAGUUGAAUCUAAAUCUAAAA